AUGAUCAACGCUGGCGUUGGGGAACAAGAAAUCAAUAAUAUUCUUGCCUACAUGAACCUUCCCUUUGUUAAUAAGAAGAAACUCAAGAACAGGGAGCGAAACAUCGGCAAGAGCUUUGAGGUAGUUGCCGCCCAGUCAUGUUCACGUGCAGUGGAAUAUGAAAUUCGAAAUUCUAAGGAAACAGAUGAACAGUGGGUGGAGGUUUCGGCGGAUGGCGGCUGGCAGAAACGAGGAACUGGUCACAGUAACAACAGCUUGUCCGGGCACGUGACAAUUGUCGGCAAAUCUUCAAGAAAAUGUUCGAGCUUUGGCGUUGCUAAAAAAUGUAGAUUUUGCAAGAAUGCAAUCAGAAGAAAAGUUCCAGCAACAAAGCACAAAUGCGGGAAGAACUGGACGGGCUCGUCAAAAGCAAUGGGGGCAUUCCUGACAUUAAAAUGCCUUCAGGAUUUGAAAAGGAAAGGCCUCGAGGUGAAUGCAUUAACAAUGGACGACGACACGUCAACGUAUACUAGAGUGAAACGAUGCCCUUUUUCCGUCCCUUCGAAAAAUAAUACAAUAAUGAUAUAAACCAUGUUGUGAAAAACGUAUCCAAUUUCCUUU